UAACAUUAAUUCAGAUCAGCGCUUGUUUAAAGUUUCCUCUCUCAGCCCAAAUUUGCAAGGAUUUUGUAUCAGAUUCAAGAAGCAUUUAAAGCAGCAGGAUAUGAAACGUAAGACUUAUAUAACGUCAAAAGAACUAUCACAAGCAGCAACGACAAAAGCUAGACGACAUAAAACACCAGCAUGGACACCACCCCCGCCGCCGCCGCCUUUAGCACGGUCACAACUAGAAUCAUCAAUGCCACCGCCACCACAGCCAGUACUACAAGAAGCAUCAAUACAAUCACCACCACUACGGCGACUAUUAGAUACAUCAUUACACGUACCAACACGACCAGAAUCAUCAUCACGACAACGGCCACCACAAGUAUUAAUACCACCUGUGCCACCUAUACAAGACUCACUCACUUCGCCAAUAAACGGUGAUGAUCAUUUAGAGAAUCCACCUACACCACAGUCAUGUAGUACACCUAUUCCUAAUCAUUCUACUGGAUCCAACACGAACUACCGGCAUUCAUCGGACAUUUCUUACAUAUAUGUCGAGAAUAAAAAAUUUCUACCUGACGGUAAUUCUAUAGCUCGAAACAUUAGCUCCGUAUUUAGUGAGAAACAAGAUCCAACGGGAUAUACCUGGAGUGUUGUAAAUGCAGAUAUGAAAACAUUUUACUGGCAGGAUUUUGAGAGAAUAUACUCCUGGAAUCCUAGUGAUGCAAAGGUUAUUAAAGCCACAUGGAACAGAGUUGCAUCAACUCACUAUAACCAAACUCUUGCUAAGUGGAGAAGUUCGUGGAAAAGGAAGAAAAGCAUACCUGAAGGUGUUAAAGAAGAAAUUUGGAAUUCUUGGCUUAAAAAAUGGGAAUCAGAGGAUUGGAAAAAGAAAUCCGAGCAGGCUUCAAAAAAUAGAAAUUCAGAACCGUGUGGUCCCGGUACCGGUGUCGCUAAGCAUACAGGAGGAUCCAAAAGUGCGUUAGAGCACGCGAAAACGAUGGUAAUUGAAGGUGGUGUGAAUGAAUGGACAUUUUUUCGAAAGUUCCAUAUGAGGAAAGAUGGGGAAUUUGUUGAUAGCAAAUCUCGUAUUACUAAUGAUAAGAUACAAGCCGCCGUCGAUCUUGCCAGUCAACCAUUAGAAGAUGGAACUACACCCGUAGUUGACAUUAAUGCAAUAUAUUAUGAUGUUGUUGGUGGUGAGAAGAAGAGGCGUGUAUAUGGAUUGGGAUCUCAAGCAUCGGUCUUUUAUCCUCGACAUUUGCCAUCUACGUCUACCCCGUCCAAUUGUUCAACCUCAGAUGAUGUGAAAAGGAUGAUGGAGUCUUUGAAGGAACAACAUGAGUUCUUGUCUAAGAAGGAAGAAGCUAUAACAGAAAAGCUGAACUUUUUAUCUGAAAAAGAAAAAACUAUAGAAGAGAAGAUGGAAAAAUUAGAACGUAUGCAACAAGAUUGUUUGCGGGGUUUUCAAAGCUUAAACAAUGAUAUGUAGGCUUUGGUGGUUGUAUCUCUACCGUAGUAGUUUUUUAUCGUUGUUUUUCGUAAUAUUCGUACUUAGACUACUUUUGAUAUUAUUAAUAACUAUUAUGUAUUAUAUUUUGA